GGCAGACCGAAUUAUGGAACAUUUGUUUGUUUUUCCUCGCGAAGAGAUCGUGUAGAGGGCGGAAUCGAAAUCGGAAUCGGAAUGGGGGCAAUAACGACGGCGGUGAUAGCCAUCGGAGCGGUGAUUCUUGGAUGGAUCACCAUCGAGACAGCUUGCAAGCCUUGCCUCGAGAAAGGUCGCGAGGCCAUUGAUCGCUCUCUCAAUCCGGAUUACGAUCCUGACGAUGACGUUUCCGAUAUACGCGCUCCUCUGAAUCCCAACGCUGAUUUGAGUCCAGAUCUUGAUGUUGUAAAGGCUUCUCAUCCAUCUUCGACCACUUCUGAGGUCGUCAAGGGCGUUUGAUUUCAUUUCAUGCCCUAAUUUCACCCUCUAAGUUUCUGUAUUUAACGGAUAAUAGCAUUUUCUUGUUGAAGAUAAAGGCUGUUUGUUCUUGUGAAUCGAAUUCUGGAUAUUUAGAUUCUUUGGUUCGUGUUGAUGAUUUCGCUUUGGAAUUUGUCUGCUGAUCGCCGGCUCUUGAAUUGCCACUUCAAGAAUGGUCAACAGGUAACAAUGUAAAAAUCUAUUGUUCUGUUUUGCUUGCAUUUGUUUCGUGUUUGGAUGUCUUGAAAUUGUUUGGUUACUAGAAAAACGGAAUAGAGAGAUUCAGAACUUCGGAAUGUAGAAAUGUUUUUAUAGUAUAUUGUAAUGUAACGAGAUGGAGCUUGAUUGUGCA